AUGAGGCUACUUGGACUGGCUGGCUUUCUGGGUGUGGUGUUGAGGUCGGUGGCGGCAAUCGACUUGGUCCUCGGCGAUGAAGCAUCCGUCAAAGAGGCAGCAAGCACAAUAGCAUUCGGCCUGGUCAAAUACUACACGGGAAACUACACAGGCGAUACUCCCGGCAACCUUCCUGACCCCUACUUCUGGUGGGAGUGUGGGGCUAUGUUUGGGACCCUAAUCGACUACUGGGCACUCACUGGAGAUGACUCUUACAACGCCAUCACGUUGCAGGCAAUCACUCACCAAGGGACCCCGAUGGGCGAUUUCAUGCCCCGAAACCAGUCUCGGACGCUCGGCAACGACGAUCAAGGCUUCUGGGGGUUGGCUGCUAUGUCGGCCGCCGAAACAAACUUCCCGAAUCCCCCGCCGGAUCAGCCGCAAUGGCUCGCUCUGGCCCAGUCCCUCUUCAACCAGUGGGUGUCGCGCUGGGAUGAAGAAUUCUGCGACGGCGGCCUGCGCUGGCAAAUUUUCACUUUCAACAACGGCUACAAUUACAAGAACAGCAUCUCCAACGGAUGCUUUAUCAACAUCGCUGCCCGUCUAGCGCGGUUUACGGGGAACCAGACAUACGCAGACUGGGCCGCCAAGGUUUGGGAAUGGCAGGAGUCCAUAGGCCUGAUCAGCCCGGAGUACGAAAUCCGCGAUGGCAUGAGCAUCAACCUAACGGACAACUCGUGCAAGCGCAUGGACACGACCCUGUGGACCUACAAUGCGGGCAUCUUUUUGCACGGGGCGGCUGUCAUGUACAACUUGACAAACGGCUCGGCGGUGUGGGAGCGGCGCGUUGACGGGAUCUUGCGGACCGCGUCGGAGCGCUUCUUCACCGACGGCAUCAUGUUUGAGCAGCUGUGCGAGCCCCAUGGGACCUGCGACUACGACCAGCGCAGCUUCAAGGGGUACUUCACGCGCUGGCUGGCGGCGACAACGCAGAUGGUGCCCAAAACCUACUCCACCAUCCGCCCACUGCUUGAGACCGACGCGAAGGCGGCAGCCCGGGCGUGCACCGGCAACCCCCCGACGGGGUUCAGGGGCCACCCGGGCACCGCGUGCGGCUUCAAGUGGACCGUGGACGGCUUCGACGGCCUGGUGGGCGUCGGCGAGCAGAUGAACGCCCUGUCGGCCAUCAUGUACACCCUCGUGGACAGGGUCCCCGGGCCGCUGACGGCCGACACGGGCGGGACGUCGCGGGGUAACCCGAGCGCCGGCACCGAUGUUCAGGAUUACUGGGCCGAGAGGCCCCUCACCACCGCCGACAGGGCCGGCGCGUGGGUUCUUACGGUUGUGGUCAUGUUUGGCGUGGUCGCGGCAUGCACUUUCAUGAUGAAAUAA